CGGAAAGAAGACUUUCAGAGCGGCGUUGCUGGGAGGUGCGCGCGGAGCGGCUGCAGCUGCUGCCGGCGGGGAGAGCCGCGGGUGCGCGGUGGCCGGAGCGGGGCGCGGAGCGGCCGCGGGUGCGGACCAUGGGCUGGCGGCUGCUGCCCGCCGUGCUCCUGGCCCUGGCGCUGGGCGGCCCCGCGGCGCGGGCGCAGAACGACACGGAGCCCAUCGUCCUGGAGGGCAAGUGCCUGGUGGUGUGCGAUUCCAACCCGACCACCGACACCAAGGGCUCGUCCUCCUCCCCUCUGGGCAUCUCGGUGAGGGCGGCCAACUCGAAGGUCGCCUUCUCGGCCGUCAGGAGCACCAACCACGAGCCCUCCGAGAUGAGCAACAAGACGCGCAUCAUCUACUUCGACCAGAUCCUAGUAAACGUGGGCAAUUUUUUCACCUUGGAAUCUGUCUUUGUAUCACCAAGGAAAGGAAUUUACAGUUUCAGUUUUCAUGUGAUUAAAGUCUACCAGAGCCAAACAAUCCAGGUUAAUUUGAUGCUCAAUGGGAAGCCAGUCAUCUCUGCUUUUGCCGGGGACAAGGACGUCACACGUGAAGCUGCCACUAAUGGAGUCCUGCUCUAUCUAGACAAGGAGGAUAAGGUUUACCUGAAGCUGGAGAAAGGUAAUCUGGUUGGUGGAUGGCAGUAUUCUACGUUUUCUGGCUUUCUGGUCUUUCCCCUGUAAAGUCAAUUUUCCUGUGACGUUUGUCCAGUUGUGGAGUCGUCAUUGCCUCUGUCACAUGAAGAUCGUUCUGUCAUCGUGGGAUUGAUGUUCCCUUAUUGGUUUUUCAUGGGUGAAUAUGGAUUUUCUUUAUGGAUUUUGGCCCCAUCUGAACUAUACAGAAGUUUCACA